UUUUCGGCGCGGCGCAUUGGAAAACUACCAGCUUUUCCCGACGAAACGAGGCCCCGCGUUUCCCGAAUGAAACUCGCAAUGGCGUUAGCAAGCUUGCAGCUUGGACGAGUGAUAUCACUGAGGUGUUUAACGCCUUUGACGCGCAUGUGAAGCCGCAGACACCGCAGACGCCCCCUUCGGCGUCUCCAACGUUAGCUGCUACCCUUUCCCGCUUUGCCGUAGUGCCGUACGGCCUUGUUUACGCUGGCUGGAAAGGAGCGUGGAUGUAGAUGUACUGCUCAAUGUCGCUACCUGCGAUCGGCACUGCUAAAAUUUGGAAUCCUUAGACAGAUGUCGGCUUCAAAGCGCUAAUGAGUCCAGCCAUGCAGUCAAAGAAGUUUAUGAAGGCGGUGUUCAAGGAAGUCAAAGAUGGGAAACAAUCAAGGAUGUUCAUAGAGAAUGAUGUUGAUGUUCCAAAGCUUGACAAGUAUUCCGUAUUGGUUAGUGUGAAAGCAUGUGGUCUUUCCACCAAUGAUGACAAGAUUUUGAAAGUCCUGUACAAGGACCAGUCAAGGACCAAGUACCCGAUAUGUCACGAGAUCGCUGGUGUGGUGGUUGAGGUUGGAGACUGGGUAACAUCUGUGGAUCGUGGUGAUGAAGUAGUGGGUUUGAUUCCUCUCGACUACGGGCAGUCAGGAUGUGCUGAAUACGUACGUCUCAAUGAAUAUGAUGUCGCCAAGAAGCCGCAAAAUGUGAGCUUUGUCGAUGCUGCUGGCUGCAUUGGCGAUGCGGUGAAGGCCUACACAGGCUUACACUACCUCGGACGCCUCACAAGUGGUGAUACUGUUCUAGUCAUGGAUGGUGCAUCUUCAUUUGGAGCUAUCGCCAUUCAACUGGCCAAGCACUGGGGUGCCAAGGUGAUCACCACAGCGAGCUCAGAUGACGAGGUGCUUUACCUCGAGGGGCUUAAGAGCCAGGUGGCCAGGGUGGUGGACCUCCGCAAGACAGACAACAGCGUCUCCGGAUCCGACUUUCAUCCGACCUACAUGACGGGUGCUGGUGGCAACAACAACAACAACGUCAACAGCAACGCUGGUGGGAAUGCCCAGGCACUGCUGCCAGCCUGUAUGCAGGAAUCUGCAGGCCUUGGCAUAGAUCUUGUGCUGGACAAUGGCGUCACACAGUUUGCGGAGACGAGCUACCGCAUCCUAGAGGAAACUUGUGAUCAUCCAGUGCCAAGCAAGCAUGACAUUGUCUCCUGCCUUGCAGUGGGUGGCCGUUGGAUUACUUCCAAGAGUGACCUUCAGCUGGACCCACCACAUUCCCAGAUGAUGUUCAUGAAGUGUGCCUCGAUUGGAUUCCUUUUUGAGCAAGCCUGGAUCCUGUCCUCUACACAGCAAGGUCGUUACCUGCACAUCCUGAUGGACAUAAUGGAGAAGGUUUCCAAUGGCGUGAUCAGGCCAAACAUCCAUCACACAAUUUCUUUUGAGGCUGUCCCUGACGCUCUUGAGAGCCUUACAGAUAAGAGAGUGGGCAAAGUCGUGAUGAAGAUGAAGUGAACGAAGCAGUGUGCUGUGCCAUGCAGCGGUGCUAAAGUUCGACAACUCUUUCUUCUGGUCACUACGGGCUUUCCACGCCCCUUUCUCCGUCACUCAAGUAGCCAGUGUCUUUAUAACUAGCUCUAGUUGUUUGUAACAUCCUUUUUUUCAGUGCUGGCCUACACAACACUACCACAUUUACGUGCUCUUGCGGCUCGCAAUUCAUUCUAGUUUUAUCACCCGUUCCUUGAACACCGUAGUGCUCGCCGCCGAUGGUGGUCCCAGUUACAACGCCGUUAGGAUAGUAGAUUUACAUGUGCAGUACGCUAGCAAAAUGCACACCUUAACUUGCUCAUUUGUGUAGCACACGCUGUGUGAUGUCCUUGUGAUAGAGCACUCGGCUACGAUAAUCGAACCCCCUCGCACAAGCUCUUGAAACUAGUUCAUACACGUUUAGUUCUGUACAGGGAAUGUGACAGUUAGCUUCAGACCUUUCUGUUAAUGGUUUCUGUUAAACUUUUUGAUGUUUAGACUCUGGUUGUGUGUCUAGUUUGUGGCUAGUCAUUGCAGGACCUUGUGAACGAGCAGCACUGUAUCUAUGUGCACUUGACUAGCGGUAGCCUCAGGGGCCAGCCAAUGUGUAUCUUGUCACAUGCAUGUUGUAGAGUGUGGGAUGUCAGUGUUCGCUUCUGUCAUCGUGUGCACAUUAUGGCGGACGUGAAGAACGAGUGACGGUUUGUGUUGUUGCAUUUACAGAGUUUCAAAUCUCUGAAACAAGGAUUAAUGUAUUGUUAGAAUGGAGCCCUUGCCAUGCUUUGUCCACGCAAAAAGAAUGUCCAAGACAAUUGUGACUUGUCCGUGCAUAUACAAAAAGCCUGUGCCCAUGUUGUAAACUUGCAGUGACCCACUUGUGUUAGUUUUAAUUUUGAGUGACGACUAUUUGUUAGCUGCUGACUGUGAGAAAUUGCUCUGUUAAGUGUCUGAUUUUACUUUAAGCUGCCAACAUUGUUGAUUGUGGGCCAUACAUUAAAUAGUGACUGUGCUGUAAUACAUUUA